UGGCAGCAGUUGUCAUGGAGAUAACUGCAGGCCCGGCGUCGGUGAGAGGGGUUGUUUCCAUGGAGAUCCCGCCCCGAGGUGCGCUGGCAGCGGUGGAGGAGGACGAGGAGCACGAGCAGUCGGGCUCCGAGGAGCGGCUGCAGCAUCCCGGACAGCUCCGCCGCCGCGGCCCGAACCCCCGCCAGGGAAACUUUUACAUGCUCAUCGUGAUCGGAGAGAUCGCGACAGAGCACCAGCUGCACACCGCCAGACAGCACAUAGAGCACGGUAUCCGUUCCUGGGACAUCAAUGUGUCAGAAUGUGACCUGGACCACCAACUACAGCUUUUCAUAACCAGACAUUCCGCCCAGUUCUCAGCCGAGGUCAGAGGUCAAAGGACUCUGCACCACAAAAGUGAUGUUCUUGAAACGGUUGUAUUGGUGAACCCAUCAGAAGAUACCGUUAUCUCUGAGAUCCAUUGUCUUGUAUCUGACCCAGCUGUGCACAAGCUACUGGUCCUGAGUGGGCAGAGUUCUGACCAAGGUGACCUGGUUCUCCAAACUGGAGUGUUUAGUCAUCAAACCUUCUCACGUGUGUUUGCUGAUCCUGGGACAUGUUUGUCCUUUACCCAUAUUGGUGCUGAUAAUCUUCCUGGAAUCAAUGGACUACUUCAAAGGAAAGUUGCAGAACAGGAGGAAGAACAGUCUCAAGGCUCAACCACCUACAGUGAUUGGAUGAAGAACCUGAUAUCGCCCGAGCUCGGAGUUGUGUUCUUCAAUGUACCUGAGAAGCUUCGCACAUCAGAAUCAAAUUUGAAAGUGAAGCGAAGCAUUGAGGAAGCCUCUCUUACAUUGCAAUACCUCAACAAGCUAGGAAUUAAGCCUGAGCCUCUUUUUCGAGUGGUUAGCAAUACCAUCGAGCCCAUCACUCUUUUUCAUAAGAUGGGUGUGGGCAGGUUAGACAUGUUUGUCCUGAACCCUGUGAAGGACAGUAAGGAAAUGCAGUUCCUCAUGCAGAAGUGGGCAGGUAACAGCAAGGCCAAGACAGGGAUAGUGCUUCCCAAUGGAAAAGAGGGAGAAAUAUCUGUCCCGUAUUUGACAUCUAUUACUGCUCUCGUUGUAUGGCUCCCUGCCAACCCUACAGAAAAAAUUAUCAGAGUUUUGUUUCCAGGAAAUGCACCGCAGAACAAAACCACCAGUAUAUUUGCAGCGCCAUUAGCUGAGGAGGAACAUGUUUCUUCAGCAACGUCUAUAACGGAGUAUGACAAACUGUCUUCUUUACCCACUUCCAUUGCAGAAGAUCAGUCAGUGGCAUCCGCCACAGCACCUCAGACCGAAGACACUGGAAAAAGUUCCCUAGUCUUGGACACAGUUCAACCGGUUACCCAGACUGAGGCCACCCAAGGAAAAGACUACCUACAUUCAGCUGGAACCAUCUCACCAACAUCCUCCUUGGAGGAAGACAAGUGUUUCAAAUCAUCUCCCUCUGAGGAAUCUCCACCACUUCCCUUAGAAGGCAAAACCGAGGGAAUUGAGAUGGCCGCCCAUUACGGUGAUGAAGAGGAGGAUGAAUAUGAGGAUAAAACACCAAAUGUUGACAUUUCACUUGGAAAGUUACAAGAAGCAUAUGCCUCACUUGAUAAACUUGAACACAAGGAGAAAGAAAUGGACAAACCCAAAAGUCCCGUGCCUUUAGUUCCUGAUACUUCAUCUGUUGAAAAAUCCUCACCACCUGAGAUGGAGAAGGUAUCAGUAUCACAUUCUAGGGAGGACUCAUCUUUUGAAGCACAAACAAUACUCUCCUCCCCAUCGCACAGUGUUUCUAAGCUUCCUGUUACUGAAGCUAGUGUUUUUCCAGAUGUGGAAGACCGAUGCAUUAGCCCUGAUGACAGCACUGUAAAAAUGGCUUCUCCUACACAUUCUGGGCCACCUAGUGCAUCUCACUCUCCCCUCAGAAUGUCACCUGUGGAAGGGAAGGAUAAAGUUCUCCUUAAAGAGACUCAUCAAGAACCAGGAGUGCCACUUAGCCCCGCUGAAAUUAAAUCUGAAAAGGAGAGUGCAAAACAAAAACCUGGUGUUUUAGAUGAGAAAGAAAUACCUCAAGCAGAGGAGGAAGAAAAGAAGAGAAUCCAGGAAGCAACCUCUGUACCAUCUCCACUUGUUGACGACUUGUCAGCUAAAAAAGAAAGUCUACCAGUUCUACCAUUAAAAGAAAUAAGUGAUACAAAGGUAAUGCCUGAUCCAAGUGUUGAGAAGAAGGGCAAAGUUGAAGAGGACUUAAAAGAGAGCAGCAAGGCUGUAAUUCUUGAGGGUAAAGCUAACAAGUUAUCUGAUGAUCAUGACGUUGAAGAAACUUGUGAUUUAAAAUCGUCCACAGACGAAGAGAAAAAAGAGGAGAAAGAAAAGGAGGGUGAGAGAGAUGAUGCUGAAGGGAAGCAUAAGGAGAACGACCAAUUAUUAAAGUAUCCAGAGGUUACAGAUAAAGGUGAUGUAAUAUCAGAACCAAAAAAAGCAGCAUUGCCAUCUAAAGAGGAUUUUGAUAAGAAAAAUGCAAAUGAAGAAGAGUUUCAAGAUAAGAGUUUUCCAGCAGUUCUGGAAUGUUCCAAGAUAGAAAAACAGGAGAAACAAGAAGAAAUUCAGUCAGAGAAAGCCAAAAUAUCAUCUAAUUUAGACAAAGAAUCCAAAGAGAAAGAUCUGACUGAUAUAUCUUGUCAGUCCAUAGAAAGCCCAGACAUCAUAGCAGAAACAUCAACAUCUCAUGAAUUAGCCAAAAAAUAUAUGGAGACACAAGACACUGUAGAGACAGAUAUGACAACUAAACCGGAAAAGCAGAAAUCUGAAUCAACUGAUAUUACACAUGAACAAGUGGCUUUGGAGGAAACUGAUUCAUCUGUCUGUAUAAGCCCAUUUAAGGAAGACACAGAUGGCCUCAAUUCUCAAAUACAACAGUUAAGUGAAAAAACAGAUGUUACCUUGAAAGAUGAAGAAAAGUUAGAAAGUAAAAGUGCGGCUGGACUGAUAUAUGAGAAAAUGAUUCCAGCUGACAAAGAACAUGAUGACUCUAAGGAUACAAAUGUAGAGAAAGUAAAAUCUGUGAUGCAAGAGCAAAUUUCCCUCUCAAAACCAGAUGUUCAGUCUACAGAGAUGCAUGUAGAAGUGUCCAUUAUGGAGAAGGAUAUGUCUACUAAAGAUGAUCAAGAAUCUAAAGGGAUGUCAGCGCAAGAGAUGAAAUCUCAUAUAUUAGAGGCAACUCCAGGUGAGACUGAAAUUACUGGUAAACAAGAUGAAGACUUGAAGGAGAAGCUAUUGGAAGAAAAUCAAACCAAACAACAUUUAGAAAAAGCAGAUGUAUCAUACAAAGAAGAGCCUCAAAUAACACAUUCCGUAAUUUCACAAUACACAGAUGAAACUAGCCAAGAUAUGGAAACUGUAGAGGAAACUAUAUCCAAAACACAAAUUUCCAUUUCAGACAAAAUGGAUUCCUCACCAAUAUUCGUCCCGGAACCUAAAGAUGAACAACCAGAAUUGAGCCAAUGUCAAGCUUUCCUGUCUGAAUCUGAGAAAUCAGAUUUGACUUCUAAAGAUGAUCAGGACCAGAAAAACAAAGAGUUAGUGAAGCUAACUAGCAAACCAGAUGAAGAGUCUAUAGAAUGUCAGACUUAUGAAAAAACAGAUAAGCUUACUAUCUCUAAAUCUGCGCUUGAUUCUGAAGUGAAGAGUGAACCCCAGCAAAUAACACCAGAAAAAGAAGAUAUGCAAGCUAAAGCGGAUGAAAUAAGCAAAGGCAUAUUUGUCAAAUCUGAACAACCAGUUGAGUUUGAAGACAUUUCCCCAAAACCGUAUGAAUCUAAAGAUAAGUGUGUGGAGGAUACUCAACUUCAGAUAUCUACAGAUCAAUCAGUAUCUGAGAGUGCCGCUGCUAAAAGCGACCAACAGUAUGAAGAAAAACACACUGAAGAGAUUGUAACUAAAGUACCUCAACCAAGUAUGGCAACGGAUGUGCCAUCUGACACAAAACAAGAACCUAAGGCAAUAUCUGUGGAAGAAAGGCCAGAACAGAUUCCAACAGAAUCAAAAACUGUGGAUUCUAAAUCAGAACACGAUACUGUAGACACACUGAAGAAAAGAGAUCUUCCCAUUGCAGAAGAUAAAACAACUGAUUCAAACGUAAGCAAAGAGCCUGAGGAGAAAAUAAUGAUAGAAGAUGCAUCAAAAUUGGUGUCAGUUGACACCAAAAUGGGCUUGGGAGGCAAACAGAAAUCUUUGGUAGAAUCUUUAGAACAAAUGUUUGACACCUCAGAUCUGAGUUGUGAAGAAAAAGUGGAAUUGAAAGAUGAACCUAAAGGAGAUAUCAAACAAGACAUAUCAUUACAUGAAACAGAUACUUUCUCACCGUCAGACAUUGGAUUCAAAUUAAAUUUAGAUUAUAAAGAAAAAUUCAUUGAAGAAGCCUCCUCAACUGUGGACAAAACAAAAGACACCAAGUCAACAUUUGAAACUACAUUUCCAACCAAAUUUUCAGAUGAAGAUGAAAGCACUGAGGAGGAUGAAGGAGAUGCUGUUUGUAUGGGAGGGGCUGGUUCAAGACCAUUAUCAGUGGAACUUUGGAAGUCUGAGGAACCAAUGGCAAGCAGUUCUGCACAACCACCUGAGACAAGUAUGAAAAAAGAGGAAAUUGUGGUCCAUUUAAAUGAAAAAGUGUUGACUAGAGAUUCCAGUGGAAUAUCACCUGAACCAGAGGAGUUUAAGGUGGAUACCACAUCACUUACACCCUCUACUACAGAUACAAGUACUAAAGCUGUCUCAGAGACUCUAACUGAGAGCAAACCAACAAGUAUCACACUGCCCAGCUCUGACAGUCAGGCAAGUGAGGAUGACCAACAUGAAACAUUGCUCUCUUCAAAGGAAGCUGCAAAACCUGAGAAGGAGGCUGAGAGGGAAAGGGAAGGAGAACGAGAGGUUGCCUCUCCAGGGUUAGAGUUACAUUCUGAUUUUCAAAAGACUGGCAGUGCAGAUGAGAAAUGUGCUGAAAAGACUGAUAGCGAGAGAAUGAAAUCUGAUGACAAGAUGACUUAUGAAGUGGAAAAAGAAAGCUUUGAAGCCUCUAAAUAUGAGCCGUAUGAAAAGCCCAUUUCAAAAGACACUGAGAGAGGAAGAGAGGAAGAGGACCAGUACCCUAGUCUGGAUAGAGAUUUAGAUGACAAUAGAAAAACAAGUCAGGCCACUUUGCUUGGAGCUGCUUGUUCAGUAGAGGAACAAAGUGAUGAUGAGCCAGUGUCUUUCAGCAAGGUUGAUUACCAGACUUCAAGUAUUCACAUCAGCCACAGUGCCUACUCAGAGCAAGACAAUAAGGAGCAAUACCAAGAGGAAGAAUUGGUUAGAGAAGAGAGACCAGAUCUUUUUGUUGACAAUAGUUUUACAUAUGAAAGAAAAGCCACUUCGGCAGCAGGUUCAAGCUUGUUUGCCUCUAGUGAUUUGCAAGACAAAUCAGAGAAAUUGGAGAGAGAAGAGAAGGAGAAGGAGAAAGAGGACACACAUUCUCCUCUUCAAGGAAAAGAUGAUGGAAGUCAUGUUAAAUUGUCAGAUAAAGAGCCAUGUACAUCUGCUUCCAGCCUUUCAAAUCCUGAUACACAAGAGAAAGACCAUAAAACAGAAGAAACAUUGGCAAUGCCUCAUUCAGAGGACCUGGACACGACCAAACCCCAUGUGACUGAAGCUUCCCCUCCACAAGGGAUUCUUACAUCAUCACAGGAUAAAAAUCUUCAGAGCCUAACAACUUCAUCAACAUGUGCUUCCGAUGAGAACAAAAUGGAGAGUCCAAUCUCAAGUGAUAGUAACAAAGAUAAAACCAAACUGGAUUCAGCUGAAAGCCAAGGUGACCCGUUUUCUUCUGGUCGAUACUCACCACCUGAAAAGGACAUGCUUGCUGCCAGGUUAUCACCUGAAGAUCCCAGCACUGCCACUCCUGAUUCUUCAGGGCAGUCCAUGAAAGUUGAUGACAAUGUUCUUGCACUUGAGUGCACUGGCAAAACUGAUUCUCUUUCCAGCAAGUCAUUGAUUGUGAGUGCGGAGACUGAGGAAUGCUUUGUCAGAAGCCAAAAAAUAUUUGCAGAAGAAGAGGAUGACUAUGAGGAUGAGGAAGAUGAAGAGGAAGAUGCAAGUGACUUGGAUAUUGAAAAGGGUGCCAGAGAGAUGUCUGAGAAAGAGUCCAAAGUAGCAUUUGAUACCAUGACUGCAUCUAAACCACUUGAAACAAAACAAGAAGAUACUACUGGUCCCUUAGCAUCUGGAGCAACUGCAGAAGAUCUACAGACAGAAACAAUUGGUGAUUCAUCCUCAAAAAAGUCCCCCACAACAGAGCCUUUAUCAGUACCUGGAGAGCACAAGGAUGUAAUCAGCAAGGAGGAUGAACAGUCCAAGAAACAAGAUACUAGUUCAGUCCAAUAUGACGUACCCAAGCCCAGCGAUGAAAAACAUGAACCACAAAAGACAUCUGAUAAAAAGCCUGAAGUGACUGAAUCCCUAACUGUUGCUCAAGCAGCAAUGUCUGAUGCAACUUACUCAUCAUCUUCAUCCUUUAGUUACUCUUCUUCAACAUCUGCCUCAUAUUCAACGGGUCAGCACCUUGGAGAAUGCCUAGAAACACUGAUUAAUAUUCCUAGUGUCCAACUAAGAUCAGAUGGAGACAGUAUAUCAUAUGAGUACUCAUCGUUAAAAGAGGAAGAGUCGCCCAUUAUGGAUUUACCAUGUUUAAAAAAAGACGAAUACAUGGAAGUCUCAGAGCGAUUGACACCUGCUACAACAACAUCUGAAUCAAUAUCUAGUCUUGCCAGGUUUUCUCCUCUCAGUCCCCUGGAGGAAUCCAAAUCGUUUCUUCAAGAUCAAACAUCAUCAGCAGAGGAAAAGUCAGAGGAGGAUAUGUCAAGCAUUAAAUCUGACAAGGAUCAUGUCUCUCAUCCUAAACAUGUAGCAGAGCCACAUUCCUCAAAAUCACCAGAAUCAGCAACUUCUGAGCAUGCAACUCAUCCAAUUGUGGUGGCAUCUGCAACAUCUCUCAAAUUUGACAUUGCACCUUUGGAGAAGGCUGACUCUGCAGACAAACAGUCACAGGAAAAAUCCUCUGAUGAUGAGCCUGAGGACAACAAAAGCAUUUUUGAGGAGGGAACCUUGCCAUGCAGAAUUGAAUGUGAAAGAUCUUCACCUACUGAAAAAUUAAGCACAGCAUCUUUACCAGAGCAACAUGCUGAUGUAAAACCCUCAACAACAAUAUUACAUUCAUUUGAUCUGCAAACCAUAGAUGGGCCAACAGAAAUCACAAGUUCUCAGAAGGUGCCAGUCACAACAUGUGGGACUCUCAGUACUAACACACAAAGUGAACAAAGUAUGAAGCAAGAAGAGGCAGAGAAGUCUAAGGAAAUUAUAGACUUGCCUGAAAAAGUACAGGAGCGGGUUGAAAUGAAAGAAGCAAAAGUGAGCAAGAUGGAAUAUGAAGAGAAGCGUGAGACAGAUGAGAAAGAGGGAGUACAACAUAAAACAAUUGAGGAAGAACAGAUACAACCUGAAAAGAUGGUCGAAGUGAGGUCAGAAAAGAUGGGAGAGAGCCUAGAUAAUGGCAAGAAGUCAGAGCAGCAGAGCGAUAGUGAAGGGAAAACCGAGCAGUCAAAAACAAAGAAAGAAGUAGAACAAAUUGAAAGAAUUGUAGAAAAGGAAUGUAAAGAAAAAAUGGAAGAGAAGAAAGCGCAAACAGAAGAAGAAGUGAUGGAAAAAGACAGCAAAAAAACAGAUACAGUUGAGUCUAGCCAGCAUAGUGCCCUUGCAUCCACUAUACAGCAUGAGGAUUUUGAAUGUCUAAAGGCUCCAUCUGGCUAUGGGGAAGAUGUUUAUGAGGGUUUAAAGGAGGAAAAGGGGGGUGAAGAGGAGGAAGAGAAGUAUGAUUCAAAAGAACGUCCACCCACUCUACUAUCAGGAGCACGGGCUUGUUACCCUGAGGUCUCCAAGAAGUCCGAUGAGGGAUUAACACGACCCUCUGAUCUCGGUAUGGAGGCCAUGUCCUCACAUUCACCUUCGCUCUUCAAACACCGCAAAGGAGAUAUCUCUCCAUCCUUUAUAAAUCCAAGUCCACAGGAACUAUCAAGUGAGGACGGAGAGGAAGAUGCCAGAAGCGAUCAUUCAAGAGAUGAUGAUGGUGAUGAGCGUGAGCAGCACUCUGUCAAAAGGAGAUCUCACAAGCAGCAGCAUUGUCAUCCCCACAGUCACCAUGAAGAUGGUAAGGAGGGAUCGCACAGCAUUCAGAGUGGUACAGCGACUGGGCAUGGCAUUAUGCUAGCAGGGGAGGAAACUCCUCCUACAUCUUUGAGCGAGUCAGUCCCAUCUCAGUCUGACUCAGAUGUUCCUCCAGAGACUGAGGAAUGUCCUUCAAUUACAGCAGAAGGGAACCUUGAUUCUGAUGAAGAUGCAGAACAUUUACCUGUGGACAAAAUGUCUGCAGCUGGUGGCAACGGAGGAAGUCAUCAUUCCUCCUCCCCGAGGAGUCACGAUCCCCCUCCCAUCCCAAUGAAAGACCAUCUUCCUCACCCACCACACCCUGAUGUGUGCAUGGUGGACCCAGAGGCCCUUCUUAAUGGCCAGACCCACACAGAACGACCAAUGAAGAAGGACCUUAAAACAAAUAGAGGCUUGAGGAAGACACUAGGAAAGUCUGCAUCGCCGGCACGUAAGGGAGAUGCAAAAAGCAGGAGAUCUACUACCCCUGUGAAGCAGACAUCCAAAGACUCCUCACCUCAUGAUCUUAAAAGAAAAGAUUCAGAGAAGACUUUUCGUUUGUCCAAAAUGUCUGAGACACAGGGAUCCAGGGGAGACAUCUACAACCCAGGAAGAGGAUUGGCCAAUGGCGUUAAGAGUAAUGCAGGCUCCAACCUGAAAUCCAGCGCUGGGACUCCACCUGGAUCACCCAUCUACGUUGACCUAGCUUACAUUCCCAACCACUGCAGUGCUAAAAAUGUCGAUCAAGAGUUCUUCAAGCGAGUGCGAGCAGCAUACUAUGUCGUCAGUGGAAAUGACCCAGGCAGUGGUGAACCCAGCCGUGCAGUUCUAGAUGCACUCUUAGAAGGGAAAGCACAAUGGGGCACUAAUCUCCAGGUCACUUUAAUACCAACACAUGACACAGAGGUAACUCGGAACUGGUAUCAGCAGACCCAUGAGAAACAGCAGGACCUGAAUAUAAUGGUCUUGGCCAGCAGCAGCACAGUGGUCAUGCAGGAUGAAUCUUUCCAAGCCUGCAAAAUAGAAUUUUGAAUUGAUUUUCUAUUUAGAGCUUUUCAUUCGUUCCUCAUUCAUUUCUAAUAUUUUAGGUUUAGAUGAGUUGCUUCACCCACAACCAUCCAUCCGCUGCCAUUUAUAGUUUGUAUUCUAAUCCACAAAAAUGCAACAAAAUCUUAGUGCUGUCAAAGGACUUUAUUAUAUAAGCUUUGGUCCUGAAUCUAUUGUACAUUUUUGAUUGCAUCUGCAAGGCUUUGGCAGAAAACUGAAUGUUCACUAGCUAGCCGUUAUGAAAUAAUAAAUGUAAUGUUCAAGUAGGCUAAAGCUGCAAUGCAAAUUUAGUUUUCUCAUAUUCUUUAACAUAACAUAGAGACCAAGUUUUUAUCCUGCCUGUAAUUUGAAUUCAAAGCACAAAAAAGCCCUCUGUGAAUUGGUUAAUACAUCAUCUGAUUCAUGUUCUGCAUCCAUUAUCAUCAAUUUUAACACACGUACCACAUAUAGACACAGUUGUCCAGCAGAACAUACUCUAAACAUAAGGUCACAAAGCCUUAGAGCAAACAACCUCUGAGAACAGACUCAAAAAAUUUCAGAGUAGCUGUCUUGUGAGCUACGGUUACAAUGAGGCUAGAUGCAGUCUCUCCAUGAGAUCACACCAGCAGAUAGAGUGAAGAAAGAAAUAACUGUACUCUAAAUUGCUAAUCCAAAAAAGAUCUGUGCCAAAUCUCAAUUCUUUCAAAUGCCGAUUUACAAAAUCAAACAUAAUGGGUGACAAAAGAUGGAUCAUUCUCUAUUCAAACAUCAAAGCAAUCCAGCAGUUUUAUCUCAAUAAUGUGAUGAAGACUGUAUAUGUACAUGCUUUUAAGAGUAAAGCAAAGUAGAUGGCAUCUUUAUAAACUACUAACCCACUGAUAUGACAUAUUUUGGUUGACUAGGCUCUAAUUUGAUCAUGUGAUCAAGGUUAUAGAAGACAAAAGGUUAUAGAAAGAAUAACAGUUUUGUGUUUUCUCAGUAUUGCAAUUACUGUACUAAAGCAUGAUGCUCUCUAGCUUGGACGAAACUUUGUAGGUAUAUUAAUCUAGUGAUCUGUUGUGGGGAUCUGUUGGGGUCCAGAUAUCUUUUCCAAAGCGGACUAAUAACGAGCAGCUUAAAUACCAUCUGCCCAUAAAUUGAGUAGACCACUAUUAGAGUCAGAUGGAAAUGGUAUUUUAUUGCCAUUUACAUGAUGUUCUGUUGCUUGAGUGAAAAUAUGACUGAAAUUUAAAUGUGGCCACUUUAAGACCAACAAUGCUAAUAAUGCUUCAAAUAAUCUGUUAUAUAUUUUGGUGUAGAGGAUUCAGACUUGUGACAUACUGAAUGUUUUGUUUGUGUGUUUCUGAUAUGCUUGACCUGAUUUUUCCCCAAGGUGAGAUUCUCUGACUCACAAGCACUUUAGGUUUAACUUGUUUGAAAGGAAACUGGUGGUGGAAAUUACACUAUAUCAGAAUGUAGCAGUAGAGACUUAUCAAUAGAAUUGAAUAGUUGUUGAUGUGAGAGCAGACAGUGAGGGUUACCCUCGUGCCUUUUGCGUGUUGUUUGACAAAGAAAAUGUUAAGUCAUCACACACACACACACACACACACAUACAACAAUAUGUGUACUAACAGAUUUAUUUUGGAUUAACUAAAAUUAGAAAUUCUUUAUAGCCUUACUUUAGGUUUACGCUAAUAAAGUUUGAAUUGACUGAGAAGUUUGAGUAUUAUAAAAGAGCAGGCAUUAAUGAUUACAUUAUGUUGCACCAAGUAUGAUUGCACUUUUCUAAAAUGAAGUCAGUUUGGUCGGUAGACUUCAUGUGAAUAAGUAAUAUUUUAAUUUAUUUGGGGAAAAAACAAAUAUAAAAAUUUCAAUUAAAAUGACUAAUCAACAUUUGUUUUUUGGUCUGACGAAAUGGUCAAGAACAACUUUAGCUAGUUAUUAUCUAAAUUAAAUUCUAUGGAGGUCAGUUAUUGAGAACACUUAAAAUACUAGAACAGGAACAGUUUAAGAUACAUUUUUACUUUUGUUGCUAGUAUCAGUACAUUAAUUGGCAUUUUUAUGGCUUAUUUCUUUACAAAUAGUAAAAAUAUGAAUUCAACCUAGCCUGACGUUAUAUCAAUUACAAAACAAGCUAACAAUUAGUGUUUCUGUUUGCACUGAAGGUAAGAAAAACAUUAGCAAUCGGUCAAUGGCUUUAGAAUGCCUUUGGAACUGAAAUGGUCUUGAUUUGACAGUGGCUCAACAUCUUCAGUUACAUUGUGAACAGUAUCCUCAAUAGCAAACCAUCAAGGCCUCACUGGUAAAUGCACAAUUGUUUUGUCCUUAAAGAACCUUUGCUUUCAAGACAGCAGUGCCAUCAUUCAUACUGUUCCAAAACAAGUUCUGAAACACUGCAUCCUUAACCCAAAUCCAGUAUAUUCACAGUGAGUGGUUCGUUUUUAGUCUAUCUUGAUUUUUUUAAAUGUAAAAGUUAUUAUGCAUUGCAGCAGACUUAGUUUUGUGUUAUUUGAAUAUAGAUUUGCGUUCUCUCAGAGAAGUUGUCUUUGAGAUGGCCAGAGUGACUGGGUCUUUGUGUACUUUUACUAGCUGAGAACACACAAGUUAGCAGUGGUGGUCAAAGCCUAAGAACUUAUCUCUAGGGCCUCAAAAAGACAGUAGAUAGAUACAGAAUUCUUCACAAAAUCAUACCCAAUUCCAACGAUGUACGCAAACCCACACUGAGACCAAAUUCUUGUAUUUUUUGCUAGAAAGAUUGUUAAAAUGGGCUGAAUCUGUACUGUAGCCUACAUCAUGUGGUGUGGAUAUAUUUUCAUAUUUGAAAACGUGAGUGUUUUAUUUCAAAUACCUGGCCUUAGUAACAAGUACUAUAUGGUUUUAUUGUGAUUUCUUUACACAAAAUUAGCUUUGUGAUAAAGAUAAAUGCACUAACUUUAAAUCAUAUUUUUGAAUGUAAAAGUUGCUUCGCUGGAUGCUGCUUGAACAAAACAAAGAACUAGCAAAAUAUGCACAUGGAACAGUAAACCUCAGAAAAUGGGUCACCGAAAGAACUGGCUAAGAUCGUGAGUGACUCAUGACAAAAUAUUACAUAUUCAGCUGUUGCUGAUUUUAGUACAGAUACAUGACUCUCCUGAAAAUAAGAUUUAGAACCUUUGGUUUGCAGAUGGCUGUUUCACAACUACCACACUGCGAAUGGAAUACACUAUAGAUAGAUCCUUUACAAUGAAAAAAAGCCAAAAUAGAAAUCAAAACAAAUGGUAUAACCUGUACAUAAAUCAAAAUAGCUGACGUGGUCAUUAAUGUGAAAUGCUUUCUUUUAAGAAAGUUCUAUGGUCAUUGUAAUUCUACUUUCCUAAAGAAAAAAAAGACUGCUUAAAGUACCUCUAUGAAUCUCUAUUAGUUCAAUUUCAUUCUACAUCAAAUGCAUCAUGACGUGAUGGGUUCAUUUGGCCAUGUCAUGUAUACGUAUCCAUCUUUGCAUGUGACCUUAUUAGUUAUACUCCUGAAUGUAAUUGUUUAAUAAUCAGAAUUAAAACUAUUUUAAGAAGGUAUAUUUGAAGCUAAUUGUCUUUAUGGUACUGGAAUAUGCAUAUAUUAUUGGGCUUGGCUUCUGUUUGCCCUAAGAUGUUGUCGAGAAGAUGCUGUGAUAUUUCCUCGUUCUUUGGCGCUGUAUGAAUCUUAAUUCUCUUCUUCUUUAGUGCAAUAUUCAACAUUCUGUCUUUAAAAGCUAAAUGCAAAAGUAGAUUUCUGCUGAUUUACUGUAAAGGGAACCAUCCUGGUGAUCAUCAAUAAAAAACAUCAAAAUUUGGAAAACUC